AUGUUGUGGAUACGACAUUGGAGCAGGUUCAGUAGAGAGCGACAAAUCUUGUCCAUGAUGAAUAUACUUGCUGGAAGGGACCGCUGUUCACUCGAACACCAUCCGAAUAGACCGGAGCCAAUACAGGAUAGACUGGCUCAUUCGACGGUAGGGCGACGUUCGGCAACGAUUUGCUCAGGUAUGCAGGCUGCGCCUGGAAGAAGAGCGGAGGCUGCUCUGGUGUUCCUGCUAAUGUCGAAGACGAAUCUGCUUCAACAUAGACGGUCGAAUCCAUGGCUUGUGGCUGAUCCGGCAACACCACCUCUUGACGCCUGUCGGUUCGUGGUGGUGGACUGCGAUCAAAUAGCCUGCAAACGAAUUACUAACUUUAAAAUAAGUAAUAAUGAAGAAGAAGUGAAAUAA